UGCUGAGAGGCAGUCAUACGGCACCUCGCCACCAGUCUGCUGCUGGGGACACGGAUGGGAGGGAAGGAGCGGGAGGAAUUAAAAGGAAGACUGCAGUAGAUUUAUCAAGUGUUUACAAGUAAAGUAAAUAGCCGUGUGUGUGUCUGUGUAGGUGCCAUGUGUGCCGCCACCAGUAGGCCUGUCAUCGUGGAGGGAGCGUGGAGACUUAUUAAAAGACAGGAGCAAGAUGUUUCCGCUGCCACUUCCUUCUUCGCCUCCUCCUCGUCCUCCUCUAGUGCUGCCGCAGCCCCCUAUCCUGAUGUCGGCUGUAUGGUGGACGAAGACGCAGCCAUGCCCCUCCCCGUCUCCGAUCUGGCCGCCGGCAGACAUGAGGACUUGAAGCAGAUGUUGGACAGUAAUAAGGAUGGGCUGAAGCUGGAGGCCAUGAAGAGGAUCAUUGGGAUGGUGGCGAAGGGCAGGGACGCCUCAGAGCUCUUCCCAGCAGUGGUCAAGAAUGUGGUGAGUGCUAACCUGGAGGUGAAGAAGCUGGUGUAUGUGUACUUGGUGCGCUAUGCUGAGGAACAACAGGACCUGGCACUGCUCUCCAUUUCCACCUUUCAGCGUGCUCUCAAGGAUCCUAACCAACUGAUCCGAGCUUGUGCCCUGCGAGUGUUGUCCAGCAUCCGUGUGCCAGUCAUAGUGCCCAUCAUGAUGCUAUCUAUCAAGGAUGCUGUCUCUGAUAUGUCCCCUUAUGUCCGCAAGACUGCUGCACAUGCCAUCCCAAAGCUGUACAACCUUGAUCCAGAACAGAAGGAAGAGUUGAUACAAGUGAUCGAGAAGCUCCUGUCAGAUGAGACUACCUUGGUGGUUGGAUCAGCAGUGAUGGCAUUUGAAGAGGUGUGCCCCGAGAGGAUUGAUCUCAUCCACAAGAACUACCGCAAGCUGUGCAACCUGCUGGUGGACGUGGAGGAGUUGGGGCAGGUCAUCAUUAUCAACAUGCUCACCCGCUACGCUCGCACUCAGUUUGUCGACCCUAACGCUGGUCAGAUUGAGGUUGAGGACAAGGAGCAGCCUUUCUAUGAGGAUGAGGAGGAGGAGGAAGAUGCGGAGGCAGACCCAGAGAAGCUACAGCAGCGACCCAAGAUGAUGGACCAUGACCACCGCCUUCUGCUCAGGAAUGCCAAGCCACUCCUGCAAAGUCGAAAUGCUGCUGUGGUACUGUCGGUGGCACAGCUGUACCAACAUGUAGCACCACGACCAGAGGUGUCCCUGGUGGCACGGGCACUGGUGAGGCUCCUGCGGUCCCACAGAGAGGUGCAGGCAGUGGUGCUGACUAACAUCGCCUCCAUGUCCACCCGUAGGAAGGCCAAAGCAAAUAGGGAGGAAAAAGAUAUCUUUGAGCCUUAUUUGAAAAGCUUUUUUGUAAGAUCAAGUGACCCCACUCACAUCAAGUCACUGAAGCUGGAGGUGCUGACCAACCUUGCCACAGACACCAACAUUGCUGUCAUCUUGCGGGAGUUUCAGACUUACAUUGGGUCGUCUGACAAGGAGUUUGUGGCAGCAACCAUUCAGGCCAUUGGCAGGAGUUGUUCGAGUCUGCUGUUUAUUAUAAGUACACGGUGGGUAACGGUGAUGGGACAAGCUGUCAUUAAUGGUAAGAAUAAAAAAAUUGAGAAAGAAUCAUUACUACCAUUGGUGUUCCCCUCUCAGGAUGACAUAGUGAAGCUGCAGAUCUUGACACUGGCCACCAAGCUGUACCUCACCAACCCCAAGCAAACUCGCCUCCUCUGUCAGUACGUCUACAACCUGGCCAAGUAUGACACCAACUAUGACAUCAGAGACCGUGCCCGCCUCACCCGCGCCCUCGUCUUCCCGCCGCAGGGCCACGAGGACAACAAACUUGCCAAGCACGCCAAGAAGAUCUUCCUUGCCACCAAGCCACCGCCUGUCCAGCAGUCAAGCUUCAAAGACCGGGACCAGUUCCAGCUGAGCACUUUGUCCCACCUGAUCAACGCACGAGCCACGGGUUACCAGGACCUGCCAGACUUCCCCGCUGAGGCGGCAGAUCCUAGCGUGCGGUGUGUUGAGGUGCCAGCCAUCUUUGCCCCAGAGAACCACCACCGGCCUGCCUAUCAGUCCCGCAGCAAACCUAAGAAGCCCGAGUCCUUUUACUCAGACGAGAGUUCACCCGGUGACGAGAGUGACGAGGAAAGCGAAAGUGACAGUGAGAGUGAUAGCUCAGACAGCAGCAGCAGUGGCAGCAGUGAUGAGGAUGAUGAAGAUGAGUCUGGCAGUGAUGAUGAGGAAGAUGAUGAGGAGGAUGAAGAAGAGGAGGAACAGCAACAACCUAAAGGCAAAAAGAAGGGAGGAAGCACAAGUGUUAAAAAACAUUCAGGGAAGUGUGAGGCAACUCAGGCAUCUGGAACUGAGGAUUCAGACACAAGUUCAACAUCAUCAUCUGACUCAUCAAGUGAGGACGACUCAGAGAGCUCGUCCAACUCCUCAGAGGAAGAGAUAACCAAAAAGAAGUCUAAGGCCGAGACAGCUAAGGGAGGUGACAGGCAGGUGGGAGGCAGCAAGCGCAGCAACCUGGACCUCUUGCUGGACCUGGAGGACUCUCCGCCUGCCAUGGACACACCCCUCCUUACUCCCUCACUGGGGGGACUCCUCACCCCUUCCCCAUCCUCCCAACCUCCAGCUCUCCCUCCUGGUGCCUCCAUCCAGCCUGCCUCUGCCAAGUUCAUCCCAGUAACCAAACAGGAACUCCUCAACCGCAUCAACAGCGGCGGCCUGACGGUAGCGUGCCGCUUCACUCGGUCACCACACCUCUACUCUCCUCGCAUGACGUCUGUGGAGCUUUCCUUCACCAACAGUGGUGCUGAGGAAAUCAAGGACAUCAGUGUUGGUGCCAAGAAACUUGCUCCUGGCAUGGCACUGCAUGAAUUUGCUGGCAUUACUGUUUUAGCACCUGGUGCUACGCUUUGUGGUACUCUUGGCAUUGACUUUAAUGACACCACCCAACCAGCAGCAUUUGACCUGGUGGCAGGUGGACGCACCUUCAACCUUAGCAUCACGGCACCUGUUGGGGAGCUGCUCAUGCCACUGGCCAUGACUGAGGCAGACUUCAAUCUCAAUCAGAGCAAGCUAAAGGGAAUGAAUGAGCUGAGCGGUCUGGUGAGUGCGUCAACCAGCCAGCCAGCCACCAGCGUCAUUGUGGACAAGAUUUAUGAGAUAGCAAACCUCCUCCAAGUGCAGACCUCCAGCAGCACCUCCCUCAAGUUUGGGGGACAGACGGCCUCAGGCAAGGCGCUGGUGCUGGUGUCAGUGUUGCUGUCAGAGAGUGGCCAAGAGUCCUCAGUGACCGUCAACUGUGAGAAGCUGGUGAUAUCAUCCAUGUUGUUGAAAGAAAUACAGUCAGCUGUGAAGAAGAUAUGAUAAGACCAGCUAACUAAGUCAUGCACCAUUGCCCAGGGAGUUAGUAUAUUAAAAGGUAAUAUAAGUAUCUCCAUAAUGUCUAAAGACAUUUAGUGAUUGUUAUGAAAAAUUUAUGUAAAGUUUAAAUUCAUGUUAAUAUUCUUAGAUGAUUUAUAUCCAUACAUAGUUAUUGUCAUGUUUCUGUAGCAUACAUAUCAUAUCCUUGAUCUGAAUCAUUCCUGAUAUUCUUAGCUUGUUUGAGAUAUUAGCAUAUUGACUUAUUGUCAUUCCUUCACUUGAAUCAGGCUUGUCUUGGCAAAGCACACACAAAGCACAUACUUUGCCUCAUAAGGAGUGGCAUGGGUUAAAAAUAAAAAGUCCAUGUGGUCAAAUAUUAAGAAGAAUGUUGUGAUUAUACAAAGAUAGAACCUUGAUUGCCACAUAAAUUAAAUGAAAGUUGGAGUCUUAGUACCCAGCCAUAACAGUCACUGGGACAAAACUCUUGAUUCCUGUUUUAGGUACUUCAUCAUCAGGCUGAGUGAGUGAAAUACUUUGAUGGUUUCCUCACACCUCAGUGCCACAACUGUGUGCAGCAAAUUGUGCUCUGCAAACAUUGCCACUCAGGUAUUGAUUAGAUCUGUCUCAUUAGAGUCUGAAGUUUAUUUUAUGCAAUAAGCAAAAGUCAUUAUUGUGUUCAUAUAUUUUAGAAAUUGAACCUCAUUUCUUUAAUUAGGGUGCAGUUAGUUCUCUGUUUAAAUGUGCAUCACUACAGCAUUAGUCAAAAUGUGUCUGAAUGAAGGAGGAAGGCAAAGAAAGCUUUUGCUUGUUAGAUACUAGUAUAUUUUUUAUAUGCCGUCACUGUUGCACAACAACUUAUUGCAUGGAAGCAAGAGAUCACUUAUUCAGGUGCUGCUGUGUCCUGCUGACACUCAUGGGUUGCAUCUCAAAGAACUAAGUGUAACUAAAUGUACCUUGCCUGAAUCAGAUGAGUCACGCCUCACAGUGGGCCUUGCUGUGAAUAGUCAUGAUGGUUGACACAGGUUUGAUAAUGGCUAACUUUAUUGAGAUGUCUCAGGCUGUCACUCUGCUCAGUUACAAAGAGACCAUUGCUGCUGACAUUAUCAGGGCACAAAGUCCUGUUAUAUGGGUUUGUCAUGGCCACAGGCGUCCCUGGAUGUUGGCUAGCAGUCUUCACCUGAGGGUCAUUGUUGUUUUGUAUAACCCUACCACAAUACCCCUACUAGAGUGAUUUAUUAACAUCUCUCACAUUGUUACAUGUUAGAUCACCAGAGAAAAAUUUUAUUCAUCAUUAAUUUCAUUUAUUAAAUAUCAAAAUUAUAAACUCAUUAGGCUAUGAGAAUUGUGUAUUAAAAGCAGCAAACAUGAUUUUUCCUUCUUUGAUGUGGAUUGAGGACAUCAUGGGAUUCAUCUAGUACUAAUGAAUCAAGCUUUCUGAGGAAAGUUGGUGUGGUAACUCAGUGAAAAAAACACUUAACAGUGUAGCAAAAUAAUGAAAAUAUUACAUUGUAUCAUGGUUCAGCUUACUGCAUACCUCAAGCAUUUCUGUAAUAUAUACAUACUUCUUCAUUGCUGUGCUUCCUGUGAUGCUUGAAAUACAUCAUGCUUCUGAA